UUCUGAUUGGGAGGACUUGGAACAGGAGUUGCCGGAAAUGGUUCUCUUGAAGUUUUUUCGACCAGAAAACACACCAGUACCUGCAAGACCAACACCAGAGCAGCUUUCUAAUCUUAUCAAGACAAGUCUUCAUUAUCCAGAGUCUUUCAAUCAUUCUUUUCAUCAAAAAAGCCUCUGUCUGGUACCUGUCACUCUCCUACUUUCCAAUUGUUCACAGGCUGUUGUAGAUGUAAUGAUUGAUUUGCGGCAUAAAACAACAAGCCCAGAAGCACUAGAAAUCCAUGGGUCUUUUACAUGGCUUGGGCAAACACAGUACAAGCUUCAACUUAAAAGCCAGGAGGUCUAUAGCUUGCAGCUGAAAGCUUGCUUCGUUCAUACAGGCGUCUAUAAUCUCGGAACCCCCAGAGUAUUUGCCAAGCUAGCGGACCAAGUUACUUUGUUUGAAACGAGUCAGCAGAACUCCAUGCCUGCACUGAUUAUUAUCAAUAAUGUCUGACCACAUCCUGAAAAAAAUCACACUAAAAGACAAAAUAGAUGGGAUUCUUUUCUUAUAUUGCUGGUUGACGUUUUGCUGCAGUUUUUGGAAAUAGCACCUCAAACAUCUAACUUGCUACUAAAGAUUGUGUAGGAAAGAAAAUAGCAAAAUACUCAGACUUGUCAAUUUGUUUCUCAAUGCAAUGCACGUUGGACUGAAAAUACGUUUAUCCUUUUAUAAUGUAUUUCUUCUCUGGUAAUUAAGAUAUUCAUAACACAAAAUACUCUUUAACUCCAGAUCUGAACAUAUUUGUAUGUCCUAUGCCCUGUCAAAAAUGCAGCUUGACUGCUGUUACAACUUCCAGCAUGGUGUGUUUAAUAUUUGUGGCUGUAUUAGGAUAUGGUUCAGGAAGAAACCCUCAUUGGGUUUUUCCUGUCUGAAGCCAUUAGUCAUGAUAAAUCCCAACCUUAAUGUGAAGUUCAAUAAGGUCUUUCAAAUCCCUUUCUGUUUCUCAGUUCUUUAGUUUAAAAUAUUGAGUUUUCAUAUUUAUGGAAACUGG